AAGGACGCGAUUGACGCGGCAUGUGGGCCAAUGAAGAGCGAGCUCGGGCGGGCCUCUAGCCAAUGGGCUGUGCGGCCUGGCGCGGGGGGCGGGCGCUGGGGUCGAGGGUAGCUUGAGCGCGGCGGCGGCGUUGUUCAGUCUGAGCGAGAACAUUCCAGAGGUCGCCAGGCCCCGGGCGCUGAAGGGUGUGGACCCCGGACGUCGCUGGGACUGCCCCUCCCCGCUGCUCGGCGGCGCCUGGCCCGGCCGCUCUCGCUGCGCUGCCUCCGCCGCCUCCGCCCCUCCUCGGACUCGGGUUCACACGCGCCUCACUUCAUCCCAGUCCCGGGCGAGCAGCGUUGGGUUUAUGUCUUUAUUUGACGAAAACGAGCUGUUGCGCAGCCAUUGGUACCUGUAUUGGGGAAACAUAGCAUACAAGCAAGAAGCUUACAGCCUCAGUGGCGAAAAUUUUUUCAUGUCAGAGACCGAGAACUCUUGCAGUCGUUUAUGUCAUCCCUUCUUCUCCAGACAGAAGAUACCAAAAAGUUGCAAUCAAAGAUCUCUUCAUCUUAUUGAUAAAGCCACUAAUAAGCCAAAAUGUCUGUCAACGUCAACCGCAGCGUGUCAGACCAGUUCUAUCGCUACAAGAUGCCCCGUCUGAUUGCCAAGGUUGAGGGCAAAGGAAAUGGAAUCAAGACCGUUAUAGUCAACAUGGUUGACGUUGCAAAGGCGCUUAAUCGGCCUCCAACGUAUCCCACCAAAUAUUUUGGUUGUGAGCUGGGAGCACAGACCCAGUUUGAUGUUAAGAAUGACCGUUACAUUGUCAAUGGAUCUCAUGAGGCGAAUAAGCUGCAAGACAUGUUGGAUGGAUUCAUUAAAAAAUUUGUUCUCUGUCCUGAGUGUGAGAAUCCUGAAACGGAUCUGCAUGUCAAUCCAAAGAAGCAAACAAUAGGUAAUUCUUGUAAAGCCUGUGGCUAUCGAGGCAUGCUUGACACACAUCAUAAACUCUGCACAUUCAUUCUCAAAAACCCACCUGAGAAUAGUGACAGUGGUACAGGAAAGAAAGAAAAGGAAAAGAAAAAUAGAAAGGGCAAAGACAAGGAAAAUGGCUCCGUGUCCAGCAGUGAGACACCACCGCCGCCGCCGCCAAAUGAAAUCAGUCCUCCACAUGCUGUGGAAGAAGAGGAGGAUGAUGAUUGGGGAGAAGAUACAACUGAAGAAGCUCAAAGGCGCAGAAUGGAUGAAAUCAGUGACCACGCAAAAGUUUUGACGCUAAGUGAUGAUUUGGAAAGGACUGUUGAAGAACGGGUCAACAUUCUGUUUGAUUUUGUUAAGAAAAAGAAAGAAGAGGGUAUUAUUGACUCGUCUGACAAAGAAAUUGUUGCUGAAGCAGAAAGACUGGAUGUAAAAGCUAUGGGCCCUCUUGUUUUGACUGAAGUUCUUUUUAAUGAGAAGAUUAGAGAACAAAUUAAGAAAUACAGGCGCCAUUUUCUAAGAUUUUGUCACAACAACAAAAAGGCUCAGCGGUACCUUCUUCAUGGUUUGGAGUGUGUGGUAGCAAUGCAUCAAGCUCAGCUAAUCUCCAAGAUUCCACAUAUCUUGAAGGAGAUGUAUGAUGCAGACCUUUUGGAAGAAGAGGUCAUCAUCAGCUGGUCAGAAAAGGCCUCUAAGAAAUAUGUCUCAAAAGAACUUGCCAAAGAGAUUCGUGUCAAAGCAGAACCAUUUAUUAAAUGGUUAAAGGAAGCAGAGGAGGAAUCUUCUGGUGGUGAAGAUGAUGAUGAAGACGAGAAUAUUGAGGUGGUGUAUUCAAAGACUGCCAGUGUACCGAAAGUUGAAGCUGUGAAGUCUGACAACAAGGAUGAUGACAUUGAUAUUGAUGCCAUUUAAGGGGUGGGUGCAGCCCAGCUUAACUAGAAUGCUGCGAAUCUUUCUGCGUCAUCAGCCAGAAGUGCAACAUGUAUGUGUAAAAGCUAAAAUAGCUUAACAUCAUGCUACACUUUCUACUAAAAAUUUAUUGCUGUGAGUGGUCUGUAAUUAAGCCCAACGAGACAUCUAGGGAGUCCAUACACAUACCAGUGAGCAGAUAUAGUUUGCUUAUUUAUAGCAUGUUUCUUUUUGAAAAAUUAGUGGUGGACACAUUUGGAUCACAUUUAUACAGUUAUGAAAAUAAAGAUUUGAUUUUGGUCAUUCUUCAGAUUUUUGGCUCUGAAUGACUUAAGCUGAAGUAAUUGGCUCCUUUAAGAAAUGUUGCACCAUCAUUCAACCUGAUAGGAUUCUUGGAGCCUGUUAGAUAUUGUUAGGUGCUGAGGUUGUAAUGAGGUCUUUAGCAGAAUGUAAACUUAAACUUAUUUGUAAUUACUUUAUUCAGCUGUUAAGAAAUAUAGUACUUAGAGGUUUUAUGUCUCGUCCCUCACAUUGGCAUCUGGUAGGUUACAUUCUUCCCAUGCCAAGGUGAACUGAUAAUUAAAUGACCGUGCAACACCUUUAUCUUAGAAACAGUAAAAAAUGACUUGAGUGUCCUAUAAAUAAUUUUGAGAGCAGGUUUUGAAACUUGAAUUGUGUUCUUUCAGUCCAUGUACACUUGGCCCAAAUUGUAGUCUUUGAAGUCAUGUGCAUUGCACGUUGGAUGAGCCAGGGGAAUUAUUACAUUAACAAAUAAGCAUUUUAUGUGUAUGUAGCUGUUGCUUUGUACUGGGAGAAAACUCUCAAACUUCGGGGUGUGAUUGAAUACUAAACUAUAAGAUUUUAUUUAGGGUAAGGAGGAAAGGGUGCACUUAAUCUCUAGUAAAAACUGAGCAUAAUUUUUCGCCUUUUACGGUUUAAAUUACAAUUUGAAAAUGUUAAGACAUUGUAUCUUUUGUUCAGUGGAUUUACCCUGAUACUGUGGUUGGUUCUUUAAUGCAUUCUGUAUUUGGACACAUAGCUUAUGCUUUUUAGGUUUUGGUUGCUGUCUUGCCAAAAUAAGUGUUACUAUAUCUCAAACUUGAGUCCCGUCCCCGCAUCCUGUCAUCCCCCCCGCUCCAAUGUCUUAUUUGAAGAGAAACCUAAAGCUUACUUCUGAAUCAGAGCCUAUGUUUUGGUAUAGGACUUGCAGUGUUUAUUUCGUGUUGAAUAUAGCCAGACACCCAAGAAGUCUGUGAUGAUGGCCUCUGAAUGCAGGUGACUAGGGCCUGACCCAGCCCAAACAGGACUUCAGAUUUAGAAGUAACUUCCUUCUGAAUUCCUUGCCCAGUUGGCUGAUCUAAACGCACUUGCUAUGGGUUCUGACUAUAUCUGAGAAAUCAUCUUCAAGGUAAAAACUUGUUGCAUUUAUUCCUUUACACAAAAAGUGCAUUAUGGGAAUCAAGAAUCCAUGGGGUUAAUUUUGCUUGGAGCACUGGCUUACAUCAUUCACCUCUCUGAUUUAUGAUUUCUUUGUGAUUCAUCUCACAGAUUAUAAUGAGACCUUAGCAAAUGUAUGUAAAAAUUUUUUCACAUUGAAAUUAGAGAAACUUUUGAUAUAAUAAAACCUCAUUAGCUUGAUAUUUUAAGGAAUAUUAAAACCCAGCAGUCUUACUGGAGAAAUACAAAUUGGUCUCCAGCUGCCUUUUGAUACAUUUUGAUGAGAAUGAAGCAAGAGCCAUAUACAUGAGAGAAAUGUGCUUUGACACACCAAAGAGAAGAGAUUUUCACAAAUUCACAUCUCACCUAGGCUUCAAAUGUUUUUGGCACAAGGUGAAUUUGUUUUCAUUAACUGAAAUUCUACAGGAGAUACUGGUGACCCAAGCCAAGGCAAGUUGUGCUCAAUACCCAAUGUCAAGCUAAUAAGGUUCUGUUAUAGAGCUGCUUCCCCCCCCCCCCCCCCCCCCCCCCCGAUCUGAAGGAACACAUUUUCAGGGUUUCUAAACACUAAAGAAAAUUUUGGCUUAGACCAGUGCUCAGUCUAGUGCCAAACUUCCAAUGGAAUUUGAAUCCACAUAAGAAUUUUAUUCACAGAGGCUAUGCUAAUAGAGUAAUCCUUCACUUUUGCUCUAUUUAACUGUCUUAAAAUUUCCUGUUUCAGACUGCUACAUUACUUGAUUAAACAAUGUUAAAAUUA